CCAAUAGAUACUUUGACAGUUGAAGAGGCGUUGACCGUCAUACAACGAGGCACUUGGAUGCACUACCUACAAUUUCUUAUGCAAAUUUAAAAACAUUCUAAAAACAUGCAAAUCCAAUUCGAUAGAAAGGACAAAAUAGGAGAAGGAAUGUUUGGCACUGUCUUUCGCGGAAAAUUAAACGGCCGUGAAGUUGCAGUAAAAAGAGUUGAGCUGUCAAAAAGCGGUGAAAAUGCAAAUGAAGAAAAUGCUCUACGAAAAUUGGACCAUCCCAAUGUCAUCAAAUUCUUUCACUCGGAAAGUGACGCCGAUUUCAAUUAUUUCGCUUUGGAACUUUGCAUCGCAUCUUUAGAUCAAGUCUUUCCAAAGUUUGAUCAACCGCCAAAAUACAAUGGGCCUGAAUUACCGCAACAUUUGACAGUUUUCCUCCAGUUGGCUUGGGGACUCAAAUAUAUCCAUUCGAAACGUUUUAUUCACCGAGAUAUCAAACCGGCGAACGUUCUCAUAUCCGUCGACUCUGCUGGACUGGCAAAAAUCAAAUUGGCGGAUUUUGGGCUGUCCCGAUCCGUCAACCAACGAGGGACGUGCACGUUAAGCGGAAUCAAAGGAACUAUGAACUGGUUUGCUCCCGAGAUGCUGAGAAAUCUAGAAAAGGUCGAAGCAAAUUUUGAACGAGGUACUGUCAAGAGCGAUGUCUUUGCAUUAGCUCUCGUCUUUGGUUUUAUUCUGUUGAAGGGGAAACAUCUUUACGGUGCGAACGAGUUGGAAGUUACUGGAAAUAUCAUGGGAGAAAACCCAGUCAACAUGAAAGAAAUAGGCGAUAUUGAAGACGUUGGAAACAUUGACGGAUUGCACUGCGCUCGUGAUCUUCUACCGAAAAUGUUGACCGACGAACCUGACAAAAGAAAUUCAUCUUUAGAAGUCGUCAAUGAAUUAAAUCAAAUCAAAAUUAAGAUUGAAGAGAGAAAAAAAGAAAACGAAUUGCGGCAACUGUGCCAGCAAACAAGUUUGGAUCUCAAGAAAAUCAAAUUCUUAAUUCGUCACGGGAUCGAUGUGAAUGGAAGAGAUUACGACGGACACAAUGCGCUUCAUUUUUUGUGUCGACGUAAUUCAAGUGAGAAACUAAUCGACGCCAUCGAUCUCUUAAUCCAACUUGGGAUCGACGUGACUGCAAAAACGAACUACGAUUGGAAUGCACUUCAUUUCUUGUGUUUUCAUAAUUCCAGUGAGAUUUUAAUCGACGCAAUCAAGCUCUUAAUCGAACACGGGAUCGAUGUGAAGGGAAAAGACAACAACGGGCGAAAUGCACUUCAUUUGUUGUGUUGGAAUAGUGAUGGGGAGAUAUUAAUCGGUGCAAUGCAACUUUUAAUACAACUCGGGAUCGAUGUGAACGAAAAGUAUAGCCACGAUUGGAAUGCACUUCAUACCUUGUGUCGAUAUCAUUCAAGUGACAAAUUAAUCGACGCCAUGAAAAUCUUAAUUGAACAGAGGAUCGAUGUGAAUGAAAGAAAUGACUUUAGGUUAAAUGCACUUCACUUCUUGUGUGAAUAUAAUUCAAGUGAGACUUUAAUCGACGCCGUCGAGCUCCUAAUCAGCCACGGGAUCGAUGUGAAAGUUAAAGAUAACGACGGGAGAAAUGCACUUCAUUUGUUGUGCGAAAAUAAUUCAAGUGAGAAAUUAAUAGACGUAAUCAAACUCUUAAUCGAUAACAAAAUCGAUCUGAAUGAGAAGAAUAAUCACGAAUGGAAUGCACUUCAUUUGUUGUGUCGAUAUAAUUCAAGUGAAAUUUUAGUCGACGCCAUAAAUCUCUUAGUUAAACACGGGAUUGAUGUGAAUGAAAAGAAUUGCGAUGAUUGGAAUGCACUUCAUAUCUUGUGUCGAUAUAAUUCAAGUGAGAUUUUAAUCGACGCCGUGGAGCUCCUAAUCGGCCACGGGAUCGAUGUGAAGGUUAAAGAUGACGACGACGGGAGAAAUGCACUUCAUUUGUUGUGCGAACAUAAUUCAAGUGAGAAAUUAAUAGACGUAAUCAAACUCUUAAUCGAUAACAAAAUCGAUCUGAAUGAGAAAAAUAAUCACACAUGGAAUGCACUUCAUUUGUUGUGUCGAUUUAAUUCAAGUGAAAUUUUAGUCCAAGCCAUAAAUCUUUUAGUUAAACACGGGAUCGAUGUGAAUGAGAAGAAUAAUCACGAGUGGAAUGCACUUCAUAUCUUGUGUCGAUAUAAUUCAAGUGACAAAUUAAUUGACGCCAUGAAAAUCUUAAUUGAACAGAGGAUCGAUGUGAAUGAAAGUAAUCACUUUAGGUUAAAUGCACUUCACUUCUUGUGUGAAUAUAAUUCAAGUGAGAUUUUAAUCGACGCCGUCGAGCUCCUAAUCGGCAAUGGGAUCGAUGUGAAGGUUAAAGAUAACGACGGGAGAAAUGCACUUCAUUUGUUGUGCGAAAAUAAUUCAAGUGAGAAAUUAAUAGACGUAAUCAAACUCUUAAUCGAUAACAAAAUCGAUCUGAAUGAGAAGAAUAAUCACGAAUGGAAUGCACUUCAUCUGUUGUGUCAAUAUAAUUCAAGUGAGAAAUUAAUGGACGCGAUCAAGCUCUUAAUCGAACACGGGAUCGAAGUAAUAUCCAACGGCCUUAAUGCGCAAUCUCUUUUAUUAGGAAACUCUCAGUACAGAUCGAAAAACAAUAACAUUGAAGAAAUCAUCCAAUUCCUCGAAAAAAUUUAGUUGUGUUAUCAAUUAAUCUCUUUUAAAAAAUACAAUUUUUUGUUCUGUGAAUAAAUUUUGUGAAAUACAGUUUAGUACAAACCAAAAA